AUGCAUAUGUUCAUGAAAUUGUAUGGAAGGUUGCUGACUAAAGACAGAUUGAGGGGUUGUGGUUAUAUGGAAGAUUCAACAUGUUCUUUAUGUAACACUGAGGAGGAAACCAUUGAUCACUUGUUCUUUAAAUGUCCUUAUUCCUCAAGAGUAUGGACAACAAUGCUGCAAUGGCAAGGGAUUCAGAGGCAAACAAUGACGUGGGCAAAUGAAAAUGAAUGGGCAGGAAAAUACUACAAGGGGAGGAGCACAACAACUGAGUUGUAUAAACUCAUCCUGGCAGGAACUCUGUACUACAUAUGGCAAGAGAGAAAUGACAGAAUUUUCAAAGGAGAACAACGAUCAGAAGUAAUACUGAGCAAAGCAAUAAUGCAAGACGUGCAUUGGCGAGGAACUAGUAAAUAG